UUGAAAUUCUUCAGUUGGUUGGCACUUUUUAUAUCUUAUGGUUACGGUCAGAAUUUAGUCUUGUUUCCGCGUCUAUAUUAUAUCUAAUUUUUUUAAUACAAAGAACACAUAAUUUAUCUACAAGUGAAACUGAUUUAAAUAAAAAAUUUUUAUAUAAAACUACCACUAUACAAAUAGUAAUGGAUUCCAAAAAUUCUACGGUGUGCUCUAAGAAAAAAUCAAAAAAGCUAAUUACGUUGGCUCAAGCUGAGGAACAACACUUAUUAUCCGUUUCCACGACAACAACUACAACUACCAGGAAACAAAAUAUUAAAUCGGAAGGUAAACUAAUUAUGUCCAAACAUAAAUCAGAAGAUCCAGACCUCAAUAGACAUGCUGUCACAUCCUCAACAUUGGUCAAUAAAGAAUUUGUGAAGUCUGAAUCAUCCAAUGACACUGAUAUAAGGCAGGAAGUGGAAAAAAGGAAUGAACUCACAAAUGAUGGCGAUGAAAACAGUUUGGAAAAGAUAGGCGUUUCUAAGAAGAAAACUAAAACCAAAAAAAAUAAGAAAGGUGAAACAGACAAACAAAAUAUUUCAGUGAAAGCGAGUUUUAGUAAAUUUGAUGCUUUACAAAAACGGAAUCUAAUCCAUGUACGUUCUAUUGAUGCUAGUACUGCACAAGAAAAAUUCAGUAAUCCACAAGGUGAAGUGAAAAAAAAUUGUUUUCUAUGUGACAAGGCAGUUUUUAAAAUGGAAGAAGUGAAAGCUGAAAAGAAUAUUUACCAUAAGAACUGUUUCCGCUGUAAUAAAUGCAACAAGCAAUUAAAAGUAGAUACAUAUCAGAGCCAUGAAGGUGUUCUAUAUUGUACAGUACAUUUUAAGCUAUUGUUUGCCCCAAAAUUUGUUGAAGAUGACGAAUCAGUACAACCACCUAAGCCAGAAUUAAUAAUACGUGAAAAUCAACCAGCAGAAUUACCACCGGAUGUUGUUAGAGCAUCCGACAAGCCCGAUUUGGGACUUGAAGAAUUACAGCAACUUAAUGUGCGUUCCAGAUUUCAAGUAUUCGAACAAAACAAUGACGAUCAGCAGGAUGCACACAAAACUAAUAACAAUGUUGUUACACGCAGUGCGUCUAUAUUAUCGAAAGUUGCCAAACUACAGCAACUAGGUUUGAGUGCUAAUAGCCAGCAAGACGCAAGUGCGUCAUCAGAUAACGAUGAUUAUGAUAUUGAUUAUGACUCUACAUCCGACAGUCCUAAUGCCGAUUUGGUACGACAAAAAAAGCGCGAGCAUAAACGAGAACGUCCAGUCGGUAUAGGCGAAGCUAUGAACGACAUACGUACUCUUUUUGAAAAAGGACACGGAAUUAGGAAGGAAGAACGGCGUGAAGAACGUAAACAAGAAAUUCAAAAUAUCAGAUCGCGCUUAUUCAUGGGAAAACAAGCACGUAUUAGGGAAAUGUACCAACAGGCCGUAGCCGAUUCAGAACAAGCUAUUACUGCAUGUGACAAAAAAUGCGAUAUUGACAUUGAAGUGGAUUCAAAGACCUUAAGAGAACGUUUCGAAAAAGGUGAAGUCUUUAUGGAAAAUCAAUCCAACAAUGAGAAUGGCGAUGAAAGUUCCCGAAAGGGUACUAUAGCCAAAGAAGCUGAUGUAUUUGAUUCAGCUAUUAGCAAAAAGUCACGGAGUAUUUUUAUGGAAUUGGAUGCUAAUGCUAAUCAUAACAUUUUACCGGCCCAAUCUACCGGCAGAGUCUUGCAAAAUCAAAAGUCUAUUGUCAGUAUUGGUUGUCAGUUAAGAUGUGGUGAACUGGAUAAUGAUGUAGUAAAAAGUGGCGAAGCAUUGGAAGAUGUAAAAAUUGAAACAUCCGAAAUAAGCGAAAAAUUUAAAUUUUUUGAAAAAUAUCUUCCAUCUGAAAAAGAGAAGAGAGUUUUUCGAAUAACACCUCCACGAGAAGGGGUAGUAAAAAUGCCAUCUCCUGAAGAUAAUCCGAAUGAAGAUGUGAACUCAAAGGAACUAUCACCAGACAGAAAUAUUAUUGCACAUUCUCGUACAACUUCAAUGAUGUUAAAUAAAUUUCGCGAAUUGGAAAACAAUCAAAAUAGAUGUGCAGAUAACAGCCCAAAACCAUUAAAAUGUUUUACUCCUCCACCAGAUGGCAAUCAUCGACUAUAUGUUGAUCAAAAUAGUGAUGAAUAUGACUCAAACGAAGAUGAUGAUGACGACGAAGAAGAUGAAAGUGAUGAUUUAGAUGAUGAUGAAGAUGAUGACCAUAACUACAAUAAGGAUGAUGUAGCAGUUAAAGAGGCUCAAAAUGUUGCCAGGGCUAAACAAUUACGGAAUAAAUUUGAAAAGUGGCAGGCCAAUGAAAUAAAACGUGAGAAAAAUGAAGAUGUUAAUCAAAACGUAUACGCUAAUAAUGUGUCAGAUGAAAACAGCAUCGAAAGUACUCAAUCAAUUAGAGAACGAUUUGAAAAAAUGCGGAAUGUCGAAAAAUCCCCACAGUCGUCGCGACCACGUUAUCAAGUGAAUCGAUUUGUUUAAUGAAUAAUGUUGCUGACGAGUAUAAAAGUAAUGAAUAUAAUGUUUAUUCAUGGCGAAAAAAUAUAUUUAUUACUUUCUAAUGAUACUGCAAAUGGAUGCUUGUUAUACCCUACUCCUAUCACUGCACAGUGGAUUGAUCGAUACACAAAGGAAAGGAUCCACGAUUCAAUUAACAUUUUGUAUAAUCUAAGAAUCAAUAAAUAUUAUUUAAUAAUAAAUAGUUUAAUGAUUUCUUUAUCAUA